AUGGCUUCGGCAUUGCGAAAGAAAUUAGAACAAUUUGAAAAUUUAAAUUCACAAAAUAACCGACCUCUUCCUCCUUUACCAAAUAAGAUUCCGAAAUCAACAAGAAAUUCCAACCAAAAUAAAAUAAAUGAUGAUAAAGAUGAUAAAAAUGAUAAAGCUGAACCGGCUUUUAAAAAAAUAAAUAAAGUUGCAGCUCGACUUAAAGCAUUUGAAAAUGAUAAAAAUACUGUUAGUGAAUCAAUACUAUCUAAAAUCAAACCUAUAAAACGAACAGUGAAUAAAACAAUCGAUACUUCAUUAACUUCAUUGCCUUCUAACAAUGAAAAGUCAAUGAAUCAACAAUCUUCAUCUCCAAUACGAUCACCUGUUAGUCAAUCAUCCAUAAGGUCACCAGUUAGUAUUGAAUCAGAUCUUCUUAAAUAUAAAGGUCAUCAUCGAGAUGAUAGUCUUUCGAAAAGUACUUCAGAUUAUCAAUCUGAGGCAAGUCAAUUACGUUUAUCAGAUAACGAACAUAGUGUUGCUAGUACUGGUAUGACAUCUCCAAUUGAAUCAAGUUCUAUGGAGAAGGAAGAAUUGGAAAUAUUAAAGAAAGAAUAUGAAACGAUGAGACUAAGACAAAGUCAAGAAACCGAUACAAAGAUACAUCAAUUAAAGAAUGAAUUAGAAAGGUUGAAGUUUGAUCAUAAGAUGGAAUUGGAAAAGGUAAGAAAAGAGUUAAAAGAUCAAGAAAUACAAAAUGAAGAACGAUUAAGGAUUCAACAAGAAGAACAAAUUAAUCAAAUAAUUAGAGAUAAUGAUAUUGAAAAGAAUAAAUUAAUGAAAGAACUUGAAUCAAUAAAAAUCUUAAAAGAAGAAGUCGAAAAUAAUUUAAUAGAAAGUAAACAGCAUUCAAAUCAAGAAAAAUUACUUAUUAGUCAAGAACAUGAACGAGAAAUGGAAAAACUUAAGGAUGACCAUUCUAAACAAAUGAAUAAUAUACUUAAAGAUCCUAAAAGUGUCAUAAUAGAAAUGCGGGUUCAACAAAAAGAAUCAGAGAAAAAAUUACGAUCCAAAAUUGAAGAAUACGAAGUUGCUUUACAAGCUUGGUAUCAAUAUCAACUUGAUGCUGAAUCAAGAAUUAAAGAAUCAGAAACACUUUUAUCAAAUAUAUUAAUUGAAAAAGAGGAUCUUGAGACUAAAAAAGAGGAUCUUGAAAUAAAACUUGAUCAAUCACAACAAGAAAUAACCAAUCUUAAACGACAGAAUGGAACCACGAAUAAACUUAUAGCAAAGUUUCAACAAGAAACGGAAAAAGUUAUGAAAGAUCUUAAACAAAAAUUGGAUGCUAAAGAUCAACAAUUAAAAUCUAAAGAUAAAACGGAUGGAAAUUCAGAAUUAAUUAUAAAAAAUCUUCAAGAAGAAUUGAAUAAAGCUAAUGAAGAGUUAUCAUCAUUACAAAUUAAUUUAACAAGUACAGAAAUGAAAUAUAAAGAAACUAAAGAACGUUGUGAAGAUUUAAAUAGUCAAGUUAAUCAAUUAGAACGACAAAUUAAUCAAUCAAAACGUCAACUUGAUCAAGCGAAAGAUGAAUAUGAAGAAACUAUUCAUGAUUUAACAAUACAAAAUGAAAAAUUAAUACAAGAAAGUUCCGAAUAUUCUAAACAAAUUCAAGUCAUGAAUAAUGCAGCAGUUAAAUUCGAUUCUAUGGAAACCGAAUAUGAAGAAUUGAAUUCCAAAUAUAAAAAAGGAAUAAUUGACAUUCGAGAACUUGAAAUAAAGAAUAAAGAAUUAAUAAAACAAAAUGAUAAAAUUACAAUAGAAAAGGAACGAAUUGAAGAUGAAUUAAUAAAAUCCAAAGAAGAAACACGACA